UGGCCCGGCAGUUUGUUGUGGACAUCCAGUGCUCAGGGAUCUGUGGGGACUAUAUACUGUGUCUCGUCGUGAGAUAACUCCUAGUUGUACAUUAGUGCUUAUAGUUCUACUCGUGCUGCUGUCAUACACGCCCUUCACGGACAGGUAACCCGCCGGGGCGAGGUGGUCCCUCUCAGUGCUGCAGGCAGAGUGAGGACUUGUUCAUCCCCAUGCAUGGGUCAGUGAUCUUCCAUUCAUGGGUCGAGUGAGAGCCGAGUGGUCGCGUCGCAGGAUCCUCUACACAAACUUCCCGCCAUCUGUGUCGUCCCGUCCACUCCACCUCCAGCGAGAUGGCGCUGGACUGCGGCACCGCCUUCGCCAAGUAUCUCUUGUGCUUCUUCAACUUCAUUUUCUUCGCUGCCGGGGGACUGGUGCUGGCGCUCAGCAUCUGGCUGGCGGUGGACAACACCUCCUUCCUGCUGCUGACGCGGGUGUCGGACAAUGAGAGCCUCCAGCAGUUCAACCAGCCCUCCGUCAUGGAGCAUGGCGCCUACGUCCUCAUCGUCGCCGGCGGCCUCGUCUUCCUCAUCGGCUUCUUGGGAUGCUGCGGAGCCGCCAUGGAGUCCAGAGCAUUGCUCACAAUGUACGGUCUGAUGAUCAUCGUUAUCUUCAUCCUGGAGGUCACCGGAGGCGCCCUGGCUGCUGUUUACAAGACUGAGGCGAAGGAGGAGCUGCAGAACUUCUUGAAGCACACCCUCAAGCACUACUACUCCACCCACGACCAGGCCAACUCCGUCACCGUCGCUUGGAACGCCCUCAUGGGCCAGCUAAAGUGUUGUGGGGUGAACAACUACACAGACUUCCAGCAGGCGGCAUUGUGGCAGGCAAACAAGUCAAGUGAUAUCUUGAUCCCGAGGGCCUGUUGUGUCCUCGAGGGUGACCCUAUCAAGUUCUACCCACUCGACCCCUCUUGUCCUUCCAGCCCUAAUCAGGAUAACUCCUACUACCUCACAGGCUGUCUGAGCAGGUUACAGGAGAACACCUUCUACUACUUGACUCCCAUGUUGUCUGUGGCCAUCUGUCUGGGCACACUGCAGCUAAUCCUCAUCACACUCUCGUUUUACAUGUGUAGGGCCAUUAGCAAGGCUCUCAAGGUUGCUACGGUAGACUGAUGCAGUGGGUGGAAAACCACGUCAAUGUGCUCAUGGGGAUUGGCAUAGGUGUGGGCCUCUUUGAACUUCUCUCGGUGGCAUUUGCCUUCUGUCUGUGUUCCUCUCUGGGUCACAAGAUCAAGUGACGCCAGCAGCGGCAUGAUCACUAGUUCACCACUGACUAGGAACAAAUGUGCUGCCGAUGAUCAAUACAGUGACUGACCCAUUAUGUUAACAAUUUUGGGAGGAACAAGAACACGAUUAUACUGUACAUGCACUAUGGAAAUGGGAUGAAUGAACAAGACCAUAUCAGUGAAAAAUUAAGUGUUCAACAAUAAUCCAAAUAAAUUUUUCCUAUUGGUGUUAUUGGAAGUAUGGUAUAUUCAACAAUUCUUUGGCAUUGUCUUCAACUAUUAAAUUUAUUUUUUGUUUUUACUUCAGAAAAUAGGUUAAGAAUUUGUAGGAAAGUGAAAAAUUUUAAGAUUUCUAUUGUAAAUGUUAAAUAUACAUAUAUUACUUAUAUCUUCCUGUUGAGUUAAAUCUAUCAACCUUCCCAGAAAUGUGACAUAUCGUCUAAACUUUCACACAUACACACACACACACAAACACAGUACUAGGACUUGGAUGCAUGAACCAAAUAUUGGAUUGUAACCGAGGUAGAGCACCGGGGAACUCUACCCUAACACUGCUCAUUGCCCCAAUUUAAUUCUCUUGCUAUCUGUUUUCUGUGUUCUCUACUGUUUAAUAGAUCUGUGUAUCCUUCAGUUUUUUUUCUCAACAUUUGCUUUAUCACACUGUUUUCUCACAGCCCACUUGGUCUUCCGAUCAUCAUAUUUCACCCAGUGUUUCUUCUUUUCCCAUAUUAAUCUUCAGAUUCUAUUUCCUUUUGCUCAUCAGCCAUCAUAUUUAAACCACCAAAUAAGACAGAACAAUAUUUAUCUUCUAAUCAUUCCCAUCAUCCGAGUGGGAACUGGACCAAGAAUAGUCACUCCUCUGGACCAGCAUGUCAUUUUCUUUCAUACACAUGUGAUUCCCGAGGUUAAACUAUAUUAUUACACUGUUAAAUUUUGAGGCAAAUUAUAUCCCAUGUUGUUAUAUUGUAUGCAAGUGGUCCAUUAGUAUUUUUUAUGCAAUAUAAGGUCUAAGAGACUAUUUUUAAUGGACCUAGUUAAUUUUUAUAUAGUAGGAGUAAUCAUAUAAUUUGCGAGGAACAGUGCACAUAUAAAUAUUAACAAAUACCUUUCACUCUCUGCUCUAUGUAAGAAAACAUUGUCAUUGAUGUGCAACAACCAUAAGAUAUUUUCUUUAAGGCUGCAUUUACAGUUUAUCUCAGUCAACUACCUCUUGUAUGCCAAUACUGUAUAUUUAUGUGAUUUUGUUAUUCUUAUAUGAUGAAUGAAGCUCAUGGCGACCAUUUGUUAAAACUAGGCAUUCAGGAGUAUAUUAUAUAUAUAUAUAUAUAUAUAUAUAUAUAUAUAUAAUUAUUAUUCACAUAAUCUCUUAUUUCUUCUUUUUUACAUAAAUGUAUAAAGUUGAUGUAUUAAUUGCUGUGUUGUCAGCAGUUGAUUAUUUGAUAAGAACUUUAUAUUGCAUGAUCAAGCAAUUAGGACAAAUAUUAUUAAGGUACGUACCUAGUAAAUUUGUUAAAUAUGAGAAUGGUUUCCAAAGGUGGAUUUUUUUCUGUUUUAGUCUGUUCUGGUAUAUAUAUAUAGCAAAGUAGAACCCUAUUUUUUUUUCCAGAUAGCUUCAGAUUUGUAUGAUUUACAUAGUUGUGACAGAUUUUUCUAUGUGAUAAAACACUUGUAGUAUAGCUUGUAAAGUUCUUUAGUAUGUAGCAAUAAUUUAUAUACAAAAGAUUUGAUAAAAAAUGGAUCUAAACAAGAGUAAGACGACAGACAAUCUGUGAUGUAGUCUUGCUGGGAUGAAAUAUAGUUUGUCUCUAAAACAAUGAUAUAUCCAAUAGUUUAUUGUAGAUUACUAUAGCAUGAUGUCUUUUAUUGAUUACUUUGUAAAAAUGCAUGUUAUGAUCAUUUUUUUCUGAGCACACACUCCAUUUGAGUGUCAAUCCAAAAUGGUACAAACUUUUGUUUUUAAUUACUGCAGUCAAGAGGUUUUAAUACCAUUUUGACCUUAAAUAUGUGAGCAGUUAUUGUUAUCUCCUGUCUAUUCAUUCAUUCAUUUAUUUGGUGCCAACAACUUCGUAUUUAUGGUGCCAUACAAAUGAUUUUUUUUUAUGAGUCUGUCCUUCUCUGAAGCAUAUAACAUUUCUUACCCCUAAAGUUUAAUUUAUUCCAGUCUCAACAGAGGUUUAUUACAUUUGACAAGUUUUGUUUAAAUUCAAUUUGUGUCAAGUCCGUUACAAAUACAUUUGUCUAAAUAUAAUUAGUUUCAAGUGAAUUACCCAUAUAUUACAACUGUGUUAGGUUUCAGGGCUGCCACAAAAUUAUUAAGCCACAAAGUUAUUAAAGGAUGUGAAAUGUCAGUGAUAGUGAACAUGUUUCUGUUAAUGUAUAUUCCUGAGUGUUGACUACAGAAUGGUGAGCACGUCAAAUCAUUUUAUAGAUGCAUUAUUAUUGAAGGUUAUAGGGUUCCCCCCCACCCCACAACACCUCAACAGUCCUCCCCCAAACACACUUUAGAAAACCACCUGCCUUCAUGAGGCCAGUACUAGAGAGUGCCAUGCCAACAAAUCUCAGAACAAGAAAAUUUGCUACAAGGUUGGUACCAGAAAUAUAGCUCAGUUGGGAGGAAAGACCAAGGAAACUGAACCUUAAAUUACUGUACUGGAAAAAAAGAUUAGAACAGGAGGGACCUGAUCACAGAUGAACAAGAUAGUAAGAAAGAAUGCAUGGACAAGGAUAAAAUAUUUACUACAGGCAGAAAAAAAAAACAAGGAGUAUAGAUAACUGCUGGAAUAACCUAAUGAGAGACAUUAGGAAGCACACUUUCAAGGUUACGAAUAGCAACCCUGGAUCAGAGAAGUGUUAACGAAACUUAAUUCAACCAAAGUUUUAUUAAUAGAAUUGUCAAAGCACAAGAAGCUUGAUAGUUCACAUCAACUGACAGCUAAGAGGCAGGGCCCAAGAGUUGGAACUCAUGCCCUUCAAGUAAAAAAAAAAAAAAAAAAAAAAAAAAACACAAAUUUCCCUUUCAUCCCAAUCUUAAUUUUUGUUUCAUUCAAAAGACCUCUCUACUGUGCCUAUCUGUUCUUUAACCCACACCCACUUCACAUGGACACUUACCUGGUGUGUGCUCUAUUGUCUUUCACCUUUGCUAUAUAUCACUGAAUAGACUGACAUGAAUAAACAUAAUUACCAAAGAAACGGAUACAGAUACAGUAACAAGAUAAAUGAAAACGAAGGUCACUUGCCUAUGUUAAUGUUGCUGUUGACCGUAUGGAAUAUUUUUACUUGGAGACCCCACAAGGUGUAUCGCAUUGUGAUUGUAGUGUCUGUCCGCACUACCUCUUGGAGGAGUUGUGGUCAUAUUGGCUCCACUGUGUCUUGAAGAUGGUGUCACAGUGACUGUACUGCCUCCUGAACGUGUUGUGGAUCUACCGAACAGAGAAGAUGACUUUACAUGUGCAACAUAAACAUUUUAAAUGUGAUGUAAUCAGUUGACAUGCAUUGUUUGUCAUAUACUUUGAUAAAAACAAAUCUUUAAACAGUUGAUUAAAUGUACUAGUGUAUUCAGAUAUCUUUCAUAAUAAAAUUCUGUUAAUAUUA